CAGGCGUAGGAUCGCAUGACGCGGCUGUCGGUGUGAGUCAUUGCACAUGCGCGAUAGGCGCUCCUCGCUCUGGCCUGGCGCGCUCCCUCCUUGCUUGCUGUGUGAGGCGGAUUCAAUGAGUGGCCGGCGGGGGAGCUGAGAGCGAGGCCCGACCCCAAGGGACAGCAGCAGGAGGUGACAUUACUGCACUUGGUGUGACUUUUGUCAGGCUUAUGUACCAUGGCGACCGAGGAGAAGAAGCCAGAGACUGAAGGAUCUAAAACGCAAUCCACUCCUUCAUCCUCCACAAACCAGAGCAAGCCAGCUCCAGUAAAACCUAAUUAUACUCUAAAGUUCACAUUAGCUGGGCAUACCAAGGCUGUGUCAUCUGUCAAGUUCAGCCCCAACGGGGAGUGGCUGGCCAGCUCAUCGGCCGACAAACUAAUCAAAAUAUGGGGUGCAUAUGAUGGCAAGUUUGAGAAGACUAUUUCUGGGCAUAAGCUGGGUAUAUCAGAUGUUGCCUGGUCUUCAGAUUCCAAUCUCCUGGUGUCUGCUUCAGAUGACAAAACUUUAAAAAUCUGGGAUGUCAGCUCGGGAAAAUGUCUGAAGACCCUAAAGGGCCACAGCAACUAUGUCUUCUGCUGCAAUUUCAACCCACAGUCCAACCUCAUUGUGUCUGGUUCUUUUGACGAGAGUGUCCGAAUAUGGGACGUGAAGACAGGGAAGUGCCUGAAGACGUUGCCUGCCCACUCUGACCCUGUCUCUGCUGUGCACUUCAAUCGUGACGGUUCCCUCAUUGUAUCUAGUAGUUAUGAUGGGCUCUGUCGAAUUUGGGAUACAGCAUCUGGCCAAUGCUUAAAAACACUCAUUGAUGAUGAUAAUCCUCCAGUGUCUUUUGUGAAGUUCUCUCCAAAUGGCAAAUAUAUUCUAGCAGCCACUUUAGACAACACGCUUAAGUUAUGGGACUACAGCAAAGGGAAGUGCCUGAAAACCUACACAUGUCACAAGAAUGAGAAGUAUUGCAUAUUUGCCAAUUUCUCUGUCACAGGAGGCAAGUGGAUUGUAUCCGGCUCUGAGGAUAAUUUGGUGUAUAUCUGGAACCUACAGACCAAGGAGGUUGUGCAGAAACUACAGGGACAUACAGAUGUCGUCAUUUCAACAGCCUGUCAUCCUACAGAAAACAUCAUUGCUUCAGCUGCACUAGAGAACGACAAGACCAUCAAAUUGUGGAAGAGCGAUUGCUAAAUCCCCCUCAUUAGACUGUAUCCUCCAGAGGCCUCUAAACCCCCUGGGACACAAUCCUGUAAAGUGUGAAUCGGGAUUCUGAAACGUAUUGAUUGUGAAAUUUAGAACAAAGGAAUAUCUUGCAGCCUCAAUUUGUAUUAUUUUACAAUCAACUUUUUUGCCAGCAACAUUUCAUCCACCGUCUCCAUGCCAACACUCACCAAAGUUUGCUUCUUCUGUCCACUCUCAGCUUAAAUUCUUUUGGUCCAAAGAUGUUGACAAGCAGCGAAUGAGCUUACAGUAUCAGAUUUUAUUUUUCUCCUAAUCCCUCACUUUUGGUAAAACUUUUUUUUUUUUUUUUAUUAUAUACAAGAAUGUAUGUAUCCCUCUUUUGGGGAAGUAGCUUGAUCAUUUUUACUUGCUACAGAUUUCCAAUAGUUGUCAGAUCUCCAACCUGCACUUAUUGGGGGAUUGAAUGCACUCACAGAUCCUUGUUAUACAAGUUUUGCAAAAGAGGCUUUAACACGUUUCCCUGUUCUCUUGUUUUCUAGUCAAAUUCAGUUCAGCUGUUGUGACCAAAUGAGGUUGCUGGUAUCACAGUUGAGUCUUUCUUCUUGCCAGACAAAUCUGUGGUUCCUGUGGUUGUAUAGUUAGGUGUUUGUUGCUAUGUGUCGUUACUACAGAGCCAAUUCGGAAGCCUUUGAGUGGAGCAGUGUGCACAGACUGCACCACCUGACCUUCAGUUGCCACCAGCUUUUGGCACUGGACGGGGAAUCCCAUCUCCUGUGUGUUGAUUUUAUUGCCCCUCCUGUCUUGUUUUAAUUCCAUAAUCCCCCCCCCCCCCUGCUGGGUUAUUUAAGGGUGGGAAUGGAAGGGUGAAACAUAACAGAUCCCGUUGUAAAAAAAAAUAAAAAAAAUAAAAAAAUCAUUGUAUAAAGCAGCGCUGUUUUGUAUUUUGGAGAUUCAUAGUAUUGUAUUGCUUAUGGCAUGAGUCUGUAUUCGGAUUUUUUUUAUAUUUUUGUCAAAAUUUCGUUUUCUUUUGUUUUUUUUCUUUCUGACAACAUACAGAUCCAUAAGCUGUAAUAAAGAGGUGGGUUUUUACGUGA